CCCACCCCCAAAUCCGCCCGCCGCCCUCUUGCAGCCUCCCAGGGCUCUCCGAAAACGUUCCUCGCCGGGUUCUCCAAAAAGGGUUCUCUGUGGCGUUCUGGGAAGCUCCAUACGCCCCGGGGCCUCGGACCUUCAUGCGUCUCCCAGCAGCGUCGUCCACCCACACCUCCACCCACCACCACCACACCACCACCACCAUGAGCUGUGAGCAGGAGUUUGGAGACGGAGCCAUGGGAGUGACGCUCACGCUGCGCCUCCUCAUGCACGGGAAGGAGGUAGGAAGCAUUAUCGGCAAGAAAGGAGAAACGGUGAAGAGAAUACGAGAAGAGAGCACCGCCAGGAUCAACAUCUCGGAGGGCUCGUGUCCGGAGAGGAUCAUCACCAUCACGGGCCAGACGGACUGUGUGUUCAGAGCCUUCACCAUGAUCACCUUCAAACUGGAGGAGGACCUGACAGCGUUGGUAGCCAACGGCACGGUGAGCAGCAAGCCUCCGGUCACGCUGCGGCUGGUCAUCCCGGCCAGCCAGUGCGGCUCUCUCAUCGGGAAGGGCGGCUCCAAGAUCAAGGAGAUCCGAGAGACGACCGGUGCCCAGGUGCAGGUGGCAGGUGACCUCCUCCCGAACUCCACGGAGAGAGAGGUGACGAUAUCGGGGAGCCAGGACGCCAUCAUCCAGUGUGUCAAACUCAUCUGCACCGUGAUUCUGGAGUCUCCUCCAAAGGGAGCGACUAUUCCGUACCGCCCCAGCCCGACCCCGGGAACCGUGCUGCUGGCAGGAAACCAGGUGUUCGAGACGUCAGACUUUGGCUCUCACCCUCUUUUCUCCGUGGCACAGGGAGGAGUAGACAUGCAGCAAACGUACGCAGUACAGAGUCACUACGGCAUUCCACAUUCAGAGUUAGCAAAGCUCCACCAGUUGUCGAUGCAGCAGCAGGGCCUGGCCCCCAUCAGCCAAUCAGCGACACAGGUUCUCUCUGGAGGGGUGGACGCCAACUCUCAAACUACAUCUCAGGAGCUCCUCAUUCCAAACGACCUGAUUGGCUCCAUCAUCGGUCGCCAGGGCACCAAGAUAAACGAGAUCCGGCAGGUGUCGGGGGCUCAGAUCAAGAUCGGCAGUCAGAUCGACAGCACCAGUGACCGCCACGUCACCAUCACCGGCACACCGAUCGCCAUCAACCUGGCUCAGUACCUGAUCACUUCAUGUUUAGAGACCGCCAAAUCCACUGCCCAGUCCUCCUCCAUGCCGUCUCCCGUUGACCUGACCAUGAGCUUCACCCAGCCCGCCCCCCCCGCCUCCUCCUCCUCCUCCCCUGCCAGCAGCGCGCUGGCCGCGACACUAAAUGCUGGCGUGCUCCCUCGCCCUCCCCUCUCCAGCCUCCCGGGAAUGAAAUCAUUCCCCUUACUGGCUGCCGGCCUCUCCACGCCUCACGCCGCCGCGGCAGCAGCAGCAGGUAUCGGGGCGCCAAUGUUGCCGGGCUCGAUGCAGACGGCGGCAGGCGUUCCCGUACAGGCUCACGCGGCGGCGGCGGCGGCCCUGGCGUCCUACACGGCCAAGAUCUCCUCCUCGGCCAACGGGAUGAAGAAGCCGGAGAGACAGAAGUUUGCGCCGUACUAACGGCGGGCGAGGGAAGGAGUUUGCAUCGCUGAGGUAGCUUUCGGGAACCAGGCUGGUUUCUUUUUUUUUUUUUAGAUGGAAGGGCACUUUUUAUUUUCAUUCUUUUACACUCUCUCACUUCUCUUUCUUCCUCUGCCCCUCCAUCUCUUAUUCCUUUCUUCUUGCUCAAAAAUGUCAAAGGGGGAUCAUUGGAGUGUGUGUGAUGUCAGAUGUGAAAAGUGCAGCAACACCUAAGGUUUUUCCAUGGGUAAGUCGCACUGAACUUGCCAUGAUCACUGCCAUAAGUGGACCAAAAAGGUGCCAGUACAUUAAUUCAGCAGUUCCAUGACAUGACCACUGUAUGUGUCUUGGAUAUAUUUAUAUGCAUACGUAUAUCUUGUAGGGGAGACCGUGAAUAGUUGACGAUUCGAUCUAAGGAGCCACUAUUAUGUAGAUACCUUCAAGUAAAGUGUUAACAGUAAAGUAAAGUGUUACUAGAUCAUCGUUUGAGUUAAAAUAGCGGCCCCCUUAAGAUAUACUCCCGGGGCAUGACCACCUGUUUCCUGGGUGAAAGUCUUGUGUUUUCUCCUUAACUUCUUCUGGGACAUGAACUCUGCUCUCUGGCUUUAAAGUCCUGUGUUUUAGGAGCUAAACAUCCCCCCCCCCCGACCUCCUCCCUACGAGGAUCCUCAUGCUCUUACACAGCAGCAGUCAAUGUUAGGUGACAGUCAUAAAUACUAGAAUACAUACCAAAUACAGAGCUUUAGUUUUCGUAGCGAUAUAUAUGAAUGCUUCAUGAGAACAACGUGCACAGUGCGGCUAAAGACGUCCGACUCAAGCCGAUGGAAAAACCUUAAGUAAGAGCAGAGUUUCAUAUGUUGCUAAAUCAGAAACUACAAAAAAAAGGAAGCAUAAUUUCUUCUUUUGUAAACUCAUACAAACAAGCCAUAAUGAACUCAGAAGCUGCUGCCUCACUCUGACUGAAGUGUGUGACAGCCAGACACUAGGCUGCAGGGGCUCAUGGGUAAUAAGAAAUGCAAUGAGAGAGGAUGUCGAAUUUUCACGCUGUUAUCUGUCAAAGCUCCGCAUGGGGAAAAAAUAAAUUACAGAACAAAAUAGGAAGGUAAAGGAAUAAUACCCUCCGUCUUGUUUUCUUGACCUUUUCUACGGGUCACGAAUCCCGCGUUUGCGUUCAGCUUUUCUUCUUUGAGUGGAGAUUUCAAACGACAAAGUUUUCAAGAGCGCUUCGAAUCCUCAAAGUCAGGUGAACAAUGGCACGGAUGUUACGGACUGAAACAGACAGAAAUAUCCAACACAGCGCCAGUGUCUGAUCACUCAUGAUCCUCCCGACAGGGAGCAUUAAUUAUUUGGCAGCGUGUGGGAUAUUUUUGACUUUUUCAUGUCUCGGUGGUGAUUUCAAACGUGCUUAAGUAGACAAUCCUGUACAGCAGCUUCCUAUCGGUGACGGAUCAUACAUACAGCUGCUGUGAUGCUUUAUUUUGGCGGUUUGUUUAGCUUUGCUUCUGCGUCCAAGCUGCAUGUUUCUGUGCAGAUAUUCAGCGGUUUAAUAAACCACUCAGGGUCGCUGACUCUCUCUAAUCCCCCUCUCUGGUAGAUAAGUGUCUUCUACACAGCCAUAACUCAGAAAGUCAGCGCACGCGUCACAAUUUGCAUUCGCUUAAGCCUCCUUUGCAUUAUAGAUUAUUUUCGGAAAAUCUUGGCAAAAACUAUAUUUAACUUCCUACGAACACAAUCCCAUGGGUGCUGUUAUGUCUCUGUGUGCAGCUUGCACUGUAUGUUGACCAGUUAACUUAAAGGUCCUAUGACAUGCUGCUUUUUUAUAGGCCUUAGUGGUCCCCUAAUACUGUAUCUGAAGUCUCUUUUAUAUAAUAAUAAUA